AUGAGUUGUAAUAGUUGUGUGCUCAAGGACCACUUUACUCUACCACCGGAGGAUUCAAAUGCCAGAUAUAUCAGUGAAUUAACACACAAUGAACAGUUAUUGAAAAAAACUAAAUUAAAACAGUUUUUGAUAACAGAACAAAAGCGAUCGAAAUUGUAUAGAUCAUUAAUUGCUAAAGUUAAUUCCAGUUGUAUAGAUGGCAAACUGUUAUCUAAUUUACCCAGUGAAUCAGUUCUUACUACUUUGAAUCAAAAUGCAUCGUGUGAUAGCACGAGAAGAACGGAUUCUCAAAAGUGCAGUAAUCGUCGUGAAGUAUUAACCAAUUCAGAAAAGUUUUUCACACAAUCACCUAGGCAAGAAACUAGUUUAUCUAGUCGUACAAUAACAACAACAACAAACAAUACUACACAUAAUCAUUGUAAAUGUACUGAAAAGAGUAUUGAUGACUUGUCCAGUCGUGCUAAGGCGUUAUCACUUCAUAGUUUCCCUUAUCUCGUGAAAAGUUUAAAACUUAGAACUUCUAGCUUACAUGAGCAUAAAGCUAGACAAAUGAGACAGGCAGUUGGAAGACGUAUUUAUUCAGAUGCUGAGCGUAAAAAAGUCUGUGAUCUACGUCAAAAUAAAGAAGAUUUAAUUUUAUCGGAAAACAUUAAAGCUAAAGCUGAAAAACAUUUUCUUAAUGUAAAAUCUAAUAAAACUCCUAAAUCGUCUAAUUAUUUGGAGAGAAAUUCAACACAAAUUAUGUCUACUAAUAGAGAUAAUUUGACAGUAAAUGAUCAUAGAAACUUAAUUGACGAAAAUAAACUCAAUAAUAAUUCGAAUCAAACAAUUAAGUGUAAUUAUAAAGAGAAUGAAGUGUUUUAUUCAAAAGAUACGAAUUUGUCCGAUACCAUGGAUACUAAAGAGAUAAGUCUGGAAAAACCCGAACGUGAUGGUCAUAAUGGCGAGAUGCUUUCCUUAUGGUCUCGCUUAUCUAAUCGUCUGAAUAAAAAAAUUCCACCGCUUUGUCUCUGCAUGGAAUAUUCUCGCCAUGAUAUUGAUGAAGUCCCACCAUGGUUGAAAUGUGCCAAUAAUUGUAAAUUUUAUCAUAAUCCAGAAGGUAUGAGCAAGGAUUCAUAUUUUAAUGACCAUAUUCUCACGUGCUAG